CUAUAAAAAAGUUUUUUGCGCACAGCUUCUCAUUUAAGUAUUUCAUAUAAAUCUCUGUAGUUCCACUAUUGUGAAUUUAAAUCUUGACUGUGUUAAAGAAGAUCAAGCGAUAUGGCAUCACUUAGGUUUUGAGACAUCUUCGAAGCAAAUUGGAACGAUACGAAGAAAUGUUAGAUGCGGAAAGUUAAAGUAAAGAAAAAUAUAAUUAAAGACUUUGUAAAAAGUGAAAAUUUAAAUAAGAACACAAAAACCAGCAACGGAGAGGAAAUGCCACUUAUAUCAACACCACUGGCGCUGCUGCAGAAUGCCAUUGAACCGAUGCAAAUUGAUGCACCGCUUGAAGAUAACGACAACAAUGAAGAGCAGCAGCUUAUUGUUGAAAAUCCAAACAUAGACUUGGAAGUUUAUGCAAAUUCAUAUGAGGGUUUAGCGCGUUUAUAUCGUUUAACUUUUGUUGCGGAUGUCUGUCCAACUUUGCGUUUGGAAGCACUUAAAAUGGCCAUCAGCUAUGUGACAAACACUUUCAACGUUACACUGUACCAACUGUUACACAAAAAAUUGAAAGAUUUACAAACGGGUAAUGGGCAGGGUGGUGGUGCUGGUGGGGGUGCUGCUGCAGGUUUACCUGAUGUAGCAGCACCGGCAGCAGUGCAACCAGUAGUCACAGGCAAUGGACAAGAUUUGCCAGUAUUUGAUCCCAGUUGGGUGGAAACUAAAACGAAACAAGCAGCGCUCAAACUAGAGAAACUGGAUUCUGAUCUGAAAAACUACAAAUCGAACUCAAUAAAGGAGAGCAUACGACGAGGUCAUGACGAUUUGGGUGAUCAUUACCUCAGUUGUGGUGAUUUAUCAAACGCAUUGAAAUGUUAUUCACGUGCACGUGAUUAUUGCACCAGCGGCAAGCAUGUGGUGCAAAUGUGUCUGAACGUCAUAAAAGUUUCGCUUUACUUACAGAAUUGGUCGCAUGUCUUAAGCUAUGUUUCCAAAGCAGAAGGAACACCUGAUUUUGCAGAAAGCGGCAAGGACACUAAUCACGCUGUGUUAACUCGUCUCAAAUGUGCUGCUGGUUUGGCCGAGCUGCAGUCUAAGAAAUACAAAGCUGCAGCUGAGUAUUUUCUAGCAGCGAAUUUCGAUCAUUGUGAUUUUCCAGAGAUGAUCUCGACUAAUAAUGUUGCUUACUAUGGCGGUCUCUGUGCGCUGGCUACAUUCAAUCGUCAAGAGCUCAACAAACUCGUGAUAAGUUCCAACUCAUUCAAGCUUUUCCUUGAGCUUGAACCACAAAUACGCGAUAUCAUCAUAAAAUUCUAUGAUUCAAAAUAUGCUGCUUGCCUCAAGUUAUUAGAUGAUAUACGUGACAAUUUAUUACUGGACAUGUAUUUAGCACAACAUGUUAACACGCUAUAUACCAAAAUCAGAAAUCGUGCUUUAAUACAAUACUUCAGUCCGUACCAAUCAGCCGAUAUGCAUAAAAUGGCUGCGGCUUUUAAUCGUUCAGUUGCCGCAUUGGAAAAUGAACUCAUACAGUUAAUUUUGGAUGGUCAAAUCAAGGCACGCAUUGACUCUCACAAGAAAAUAUUGUAUGCUGAGGAUAGAGACGAGCGUUCCAGGUCCUUUGAGUAUGCCAUGAGUAUAGGCAAAGAGUACCAGCGGCGUUCACGAAUGCUUGUGCUACGCUCAGCUAUCAUUAAGAGCCAGAUCCAUGUGAAGAAUCUGCCAAGAGAGCCAGUCAAUCAUGCAACGGAUUUGUGUGUAGCCGCAGGUUCCAGCAGCACAACCACCGUUAGAAACUGAGAGUUCGUUUAACAUUAAAAUUUCACGUUAAAAACAUUUUUAAGAAAAACAAAACAUGAGAAUUUUG